AUGAAGGUUUCCAUUGUUGCAUUCGCUGCCCUCUGUGGCCUCGCUUCCGCCCAAAACGCCGUCGUCAUCAAUAGCUGCUCCGAGAACGUCUAUGUGCAGUCCUUUCCCUACGACGGAAGCGCAGCUGGUCCCCUUACCACUCUUGGACCUGGACAGACCUUCUCCGAGAACCUGAGGGCUUCCGGCUCGACUGUCAAGAUUGCCAAGACCAAGACUCUCAACGGUCCCUUGUUCUUCGGCUACUCUCUAACCUCGAACCCCAACUAUGCCUACUACGAAUUCAGCACUGAAUGGGGCAAUCCAUUCGCUGGUAACCACAACGUUCUGAGCCCAGGUGACGGUUGCGAGGUCUUCGACUGUGCGGCAAAUGACGCCGGUUGCUACAGCACACCAGCCUUUAAGAAGGUCUACGGCUGCCCUCAACCCGUCACUUUGACUGCUCAGCUCUGUAAAUAG